AUUGAAAAAAUAUAUAUGAACUGACGAAGCACAUGGAAACUUUUCAUUAGGCCUCUUUCUGGAAGGGAGAUUGCCGAUAAAACAGAGCAUGGAUGGCAAUUGAAGAACGAACAACAAGAUUUCAGCGGAAUUUGUUUAACCGAGAAUCCCGUGUGUUCCUUUUUCUUUGAUUUUGAAAUCUAGGUCAAGUAAAUCCUCAAUCUUCAAUCCUCGAUCGCUUGUUCCUUGUUGCAAUCGAUCAUGGCGUCGUCUGGCAGCGGAUUGACAUUCAAGCUGCACCCUCUUGUGAUUGUGAACAUUUCCGAUCACUACACCAGGGUUAAAUCUCAAACAAAUCCUCCAUCCUUGACCAGCUCUGCCCCAUCCCCUUGCGCCCUGAGUAAUGGCGCCGAUUCAGCCGAUUCUGCCGACCCGUCCACUUCUCCUUCCGCACCUAGGGUUUACGGUUGUGUUGUAGGCGUCCAGAGGGGCCGCACGGUUGAGAUCUUCAACAGCUUCGAGCUUCUUUAUGACCCCAAAACUCAUUCGCUGGACCGCACCUUCCUUGAGAAGAAGCAAGAGCUCUAUAAGAAAGUUUUUCCCCAUUUCUACAUUUUGGGCUGGUAUUCUACUGGGAGUGAUGCCAUGGAGUCUGACAUGCAUAUCCAUAAGGCUUUGAUGGAUAUCAAUGAAAGCCCUGUCUAUGUUCUUCUCAAUCCUUCAAUUAAUCAUGCUCAAAAGGAUCUCCCAGUUACUAUUUACGAGAGUGAGCUACAUGUGAUAGAAGGCAUUCCUCAGCUAAUUUUUGUUCGAUCAAGUUACACUAUAGAGACAGUAGAAGCUGAGCGAAUUUCCGUUGAUCACGUUGCACAUUUGAAACCAUCUGAUGGAGGCUCUGCUGCUACUCAAUUGGCCGCUCACCUUGCGGGUAUUCACAGUGCCAUCAAAAUGCUGAACAGCAGGAUCAGGAUACUUCAUAGUUAUCUUCUGGCAAUGCAAAAUGGUGAUAUUCCCUUGGAGAAUUCUCUACUAAGACAAGUGUCAAGUUUACUCAGAAGAUUACCAGUUACUGAAUCAGGAAAGUUUCAAGAUGAUUUCUUGAUGGAAUAUAAUGACACGUUGUUGAUUUCGUACCUUGCAAUGUCCACUAAUUGCUCAAGUAUAAUGAACGAGCUGAUCGAAAAAUUCAACACUGCAUAUGAUCGGCAUGGUCGAAGAGGUGGCCGAACGGUUUUUAUAUGAAAGCCCCUUGCAGGCCAGGCACCAACUGUAUUACUGAAAGCCAGGUACUUUGAUGAUAAUUCUAGGAUUUGAGUGGUAACUCAGAAAGAGGAUGAUGAUAUAGGAAAUGCCUUUUUUUCCCUUUUUUUUGUGCUCUUGAUUCCUAUAUGUGGAUGUUGUAGAAGUGAAAAUGGUUUGAACAUGCCUGAAUUCCCUCCCCCUCCUCCCCUACAGAAGCAUCUAUUUUCCACCUAUGGACAGCUUAGAAAUAGAGGAUGCAGUAUGUAAUUUGAGAGAGAUUUAUGGGGAAGCCUUCCUAGAAAGGGUAGGCCCACAUGAGUGGACUUUUGGGUCCUUCCAUAUGCUUCCAUUUGAUGCUCUUUUUCCAGUU